UACAGGAGAUGACCAGAGACUGCGGACACAGUACAGGAGAUGACCAGAGACUGCGGACACAGUACAGGGGAUGACCAGAGACUGCGGACACAGUACAGGAGAUGACCAGAGACUGCGGACACAGUACAGGAGAUGACCAGAGACUGCGGACACAGUACAGGAGAUGACCAGAGACUGCGGACACAGUACAGGAAUGACCAGAGACUGCGGACAGUGCAGGGAAUGACCAGAGACUGCGGACACAGUGCAGGGAAUGACCAGAGACUGCGGACAGUGCAGGGGAUGACCAGAGACUGCGGACACAGUGCA